AUGAAGAUGCACUUGCAACUGUGGCGAUGGGGCCUCCGCUCUUCAACCACAAAAGCUAUCGUGGUUAUAUUGAUGUUUUUGGUGUUUUUUCACAAUCUACCCUUGCGAGAUUUUGGGGGGUUUACAUAUACAACCGCCCUUAUCGCACCAAAACACCCGAUCGAUCGAUUGAUAUACGAACAGCGUCUCCGGUACCAAGACUUAGUAAAGCGGCAGUCAAAGAACCCCGAGGAAGCUAUCGCCAAUUAUAAACUUCGAUAUAAUAGAGAUCCACCAACUGGGUUCGCAGAUUGGGUUCGAUAUGCCUUACAACAAAAUUCUAUCAUCAUUGACGAUUUUGAUACUAUUGAAAAGGUGCUACAUCCAUUUCGACAACUGGAUUCAAAACAACUUGAGUCUAGAAUCAACUCAGCACGUGGAACAGGUUCACGAUUACAGACUAUUUCCAUCAAAAACGGAAACUCGUCAGUAUCGCCGGAAGGUGUACCGAUUUUGAAUUCAUUGAAGCCUGUUUUGGAAAAUCUUCCUGAUAUGACAUUUCUGCUGAAUGAGCUCGACGAACCACGAGUUCUAGGAUCUCAACCGGAUAAGGAUGAUAUCAUAUUUCAAGAUUAUGGGCGACAGCCUUCCUGGACACGUCUGACGACAUCAUGCCAAAACAUAUCAGAACAGCAACAACCACACUUCUUAGAAUCGAUCACAACCUCUCUCGACCUGUGCCGCAAUCCAGAUUACCAGGACCAAUAUGGAAUGUUCACUUCGCCAUGCACUUUCAUCGCGACGAAAAGUUUAGUUCCGAUUUUCUCAGUCGCUCGGGUUUCUACUAUGCACGACGUUUUAAUCCCAGGACAUGAUUACCACGUCGAAAGCUUUCUAAGUAAAAAUGAUGUCGAUUUUCGAAAUUUUAGUUCAAAAGAAAACAAACUUUAUUGGAGGGGUUCGAAUACAGGCACAUAUGCAAGUUCACAGAUGAAAUGGGAAACAAAUCAUCGAGUCCGAUUUAUGCUCAAAGCCCGAAAUCUUACCAAUGCCGAUCUUUUCGAUGUUGGUAUGACAGCUUAUAUCCAGUGCGAUUGGGAUGUAUGUCAGGCUAUGGAGCAGGCUUUUGGACGACCGCCAAGAGCUGAUAAGAACGGUUCCUUUCGAUAUAAAUUUGUUAUGGAUCUAGAUGGAAACGGUUAUUCAGGACGUUUUUAUCGACUUCUGCAAAGCAAUAGCGUUGUUUUCAAACAAACACUGGUAGAACAAUGGCAUGAUGACCGCCUUUUUCCUUGGGUGCAUUAUGUCCCUGUUACUAUUGGGAUGGAUGAAAUUGAAGAUCUUAUCAGAUUUUUCUCGGUUCAGGACCGACAAGCAGAAGAAAUUGCGGCUGAGAGUACUUCUUGGGUGCGAGCUGCUCUGCGGCCAAUAGAUAUGAUGAUUUACGAAUACAGGUUAUUGCUAGAGUAUGCUUCUUUGUUUGAGGAAAGUUGA